AACAUAAAACUGAGCAGAAAUUUGAGAUAUAGAACAAUGUAAGAAAGAGAAAAAGAAAGCAAUAACAGAACAUGCUUAGUAAUUAAAUACAACAAACAUCAUCACAAGAGGACUUUUAGUUAUUUAGUUAUAUCAUCGAUGUAUUGGUGAAUAAUUGGGCUUUAUAAUUGUUACAGCAUGCCAGAACUUCCUUAAAUAAAACUACUUCCUUUAGAUAAAACUACUUCGUUUAGAUAAAUGUUAAAUAAUAGGGUGAUUUUUUUAAAACCGGCCUUUAUGUAUAAAAAAUGUAGCUAAAAAUAUUAAAUUGUUAUUAGCCUAUUAAAGUAAUGUGUCAAUAAUCAAUAUGAGCAGACAGGAAGAAUGUUGGUUAGCGCGCCCCCUCGUGUCCAAACGACGGUAGUUCUCCAUUGCCGAACAGCAGAGCGACACGCGCGGCACGCAGCCCGCCACUUAGCAGCAGCUGCCUGGGCGGAAAAGGCGGGCGAAGGUUGCCGCUUCCGCGUCCGCGCAACACGCAGAAACACAAAAACACACGGGGGGCAAAAUGGACGAUAAGUUAAUACUGGCUGUUUUUAACUACCCAGAGCUUUAUAACGUGACUCUGCCGAAUUACCGCUGCACGGAAAGUCGCGCGAAUGCUUGGAGAAAUAUCAGUCUCUCGCUGGGGCUACCAUCUGAAGCCUGCAAAAGAAGAUGGAAAAACCUGAGAGACAGAUACCUGAAGGAAGUUCGGACAGAGCUUAAAAGCAAGAAGCAGGGAGAAAUGGUACAGAGCAAGUGGAAAUACCGUCAGCUUAUGAACUUUAUCGCCCCCUUCACCGGAUCAAGAUAUGGCGCGACGGAUGUUUGCAGCAACGCCGAGGAUGACCGCGACAGUCCUGACGUAACUGGAAGUGCGGAACAGGAAACCACACUGUCGGACAUCGUCAGGACGCCUCAGGAUGCCCCAAAGGUUGAAGGGAGUCUGCCUGAGACAAAGGCCCAGGUGGCGUUUGUAACUCAGCUUCCUGCUCUGGCCCAGGACACUCAGCUGGCCCAGCUGGCUGUGGUGGCCAGGACGCCGCCAGGCCCACAGAUAUUCCCCGCCAGCAACACCGGACAGAAACGGAAAAUCGUGUCCGAGCCGUCAUCCCCGUCGUCCCCUCAGAGCACACACUCGCCCACGAAAUGGCUGGUCAAAGACAACUGCGCCUCGUUUGCCUCCAGGCCCCGGGACGAGGACGAGCUGUUCCUGCUGAGCUUCGUUCCCGCCAUGAAGCGACUCGCUCCGCAAAAGAGAUGCGAGACCAAAAUGAAGAUUCAGCAGUUAAUGUACGAGGCGGAAUUCAACGUCUCGUCUGCAGAAUCGGCAGAAAAAAGGACGGCUCAAGGACAACAAGAUUAAUGUUUUUGCAGCCUAUACGCCCCCCCCACCACACAAAGUGACGGCGCUUAAGCCUGAACUAUUUUUCAUGCAUUUUGGCUUGUGACAGAUCUUUGCAGCAGUAAAAACUAUAAAUUUACACAGAAAACAAACAAUAAUUGUGAUUUAUAAAGUUUUACUGUCAGUAAAGGAAAUUCACAUUUAGAAAAGUACCAUUUCAAACAAUCCAUCAUAAAUUUACUUGUUUAAUCUACAGUAUUUUACAUUAUUACUGUGAAAUACAGAAACCAGAACAAAAUAAAACAUACAGUCUGGUGAGGAACACUGAAGUGAAGCUUUUUAUCCGCUUACACGCAGGAAACUUUUUAAAUAUCUGAGCUAAGAUGUUUAACAUUGCUGUGACAGCUAAAAACAUCAGUAUCACUUGAAUCAUGUCUGCUUGCAUAUGUGAUUUGAAAACUUAAAAAAAAA